UUAAAGAAGUCAAAAAGACAUUUAGUUUGUACUCAAUAAAAUAAGGUAUCUCUCUACAAAUGUAAAUGCGUCAUUUAGUAACGGACCUAGCUAUUGCAUUGUUUAUGAAGUCCUUGAAGAUCGGCACGUUGCAUGCUCUUUCAUGAGUAAACUAUUAGCAUUACGAAAGUUUGGUCGCCAUAAGCAAGUUCUAGAGAGACAUGCGCCAGUCUGUCCCUUAUUCUUGUACGUAGUAGUGAUAUUACGAGUGACUAUACAACAAAACUCAAUUCAUCAUGGAGUUUGUUGACGCAGAAAAAGCUGAUGCUCAUAGAGAAAAUUAUUGUAGUAGUUCACAUUUAGAAGAAAAUGUGGAUUCUAAUAACAAAUCAUCAAGUGAAGAGUUACAAAAUAUAAAGGUUACAAUGGAUAAUAUAAUUAAUGAAUGUUCAAAUAAACCUAAAGAAAAUGUAGAUUUUAAAAUAGUUUAUAAUAAGAAAAAAAUUGAUAUUACCUUUCCAUUUGAUGGAACAGUUGCUGAGUUGAAAGAUUAUUUACAAAAUAUUAUAUCAGUUCCAAAAGAAAUGCAAAAAGUUAUGAUCAAAGGUUUAGCCAAAGAUCAUGAUACUUUGAGGAGUCUUGGAGUUACCAGUGGAGCCAAAGUUAUGAUAGUAGGAUCGAAAUUGAAUGACGUACUGGCAUUGUCAGUUCCAAGUAAACAAGAAGUUCAAGAUGAAGCUCAAGGAGCUUCCAGUAAAGAACCUUUAUCACAACAAAAAAUACACAGAAAAGUUUUGGAUAAAGGCAUACCAGAAGAUGCUAUGCCUGGUAUUUUAGACACUAAGGAUCCUUUACCUGAUUUUCCAUUAUCGGGCAUGCUCAAUAAAUCAGGAGGUAAAGUAAGAUUGACGUUUAAAUUAGAACAAGAUCAACUUUGGAUUGGUACAAAAGAAAGGACUGAUAAAAUACCAAUGAAUUCAAUAAAAGGGGUUAUUAGUGAAGCAAUUUCAGAACAUCCUGAAUAUCAUGUCAUGGGUAUUCAAUUAGGUACAACAGAAGCUUCUCGAUAUUGGAUCUAUUGGGUUCCUGCACAAUACAUAGCAGCGAUAAAAGAAGCGAUUCUUGGUAAAUGGUGCUAUUUCUGAUUAACUCUUGAAUAUCAAAACUUCGAUAAUUACAAGAAAAUUAAAGUGCGAUUGAAUAUAAACAUUGUCAUUAUUGACUAUGCUAGUCACGCAUUUUUUGAUGUAAGUUUAUAAAUUAUUUCGUUUAUAAAUGUCUCUUACACAUAUUUGAUAACUGCGUUGCCAAAUCAUUCAAUAAUAAACACAUUUUUGUAAUGUAAGAUCUUACAUAUGGAGAAGUAAAAAAUGUUUAUUUGCAUUUGAAAAGAAUUAAAAUAUAAAAUUUAUGGAUAAACACUAUUAAUAAAGUAUUUAAAAAGUUUGUUAUUGAUUUUAAA